AUGUCAAGUGACGAUUUCAUUGGGAUGAUGCUACUUGAUGGUUUCUUUAUCAUUGAGCUCUUCCAACAAGUUUGCCGGAGUGAAGAUUCUGCGAAUGUCAAUAGCCUAAUGCUCAUGAAGCCAUGGUUAAUGCCGAUUCUCAUUAGAGACCUCUUAAAGCUUGAAAACCAAAUUCCCCUCUUCGUUCUUUUGAAGUUAUUCAGUCUCUCCAAUUGCAAUACAAAAUGCAGUCAUCUACUUGACUUGUUUUAUACUAGCUACUGCGUCCCAAAAAUACAGCAAGCCGGGUUUAGGGAAACCUGGUUAAGUUACCACGGCUCAAGCUACCCGUCAACAAGAAGAUUGCUCCCCUGCUUAAGAUACCUCAGCAAGUUAACCAACCUCUGCAAAAGAAGAUCACCUGGAUUACCAAGGCAUCGUCCAUUAUCAGAUCAGUCAAUACCAUGUGUGACACGACUCCAACAUGCUGGGGUCAAGUUUAGGCCACAAAAAGACGAUAAUUUCUUGGACAUAAAUUUCCACAAAAGGGUGCUAGAAAUCCCACCCAUGACCAUCAAUGAUUUCACCAGCACUGUCCUAAUUAACUGUGUUGCCUAUGAACAAUGCUACCCACGGCCCUACUCGAAACGCUUUUCUGAAUAUAUUGCCUUCAUGAGUUAUCUCAUCAACUCAAGUAGAGACGUUACAUUCCUUUGUGAGGACGGAAUUAUCUCAAAUUUCUCCUACAAUGAUAAUCAUGUUGCUAAUCUUUUCAAGAUGUUUGGAGAGCAUGUUGUGUUCAACAUUAGAGAGUGUUACCUAAAAGACGAAUUCAGACAAGUGGAGGCCUACUAUAAUAGCAACUGGGCAACUUUGAGGCGCACAUAUUUUAGCAGACCGUGGUCAACCAUCUCAGUCAUCUCAGCCUCUGCUCUGCUGGCGCUAACAGCGAUAUAG